AUACAAUAAUGGCACUGAAGGUUCAGAUUCUGUUUGGCUUCCUCUGGUGUGUGAUUUUAAUGCCUAUAGAUGGCUUCCCAGUAGACAGCAAUACUGAAUUUCGCUCUGCUUUCUCAGUGGCCAGAACCAGCAGCAUGGAAGGGAGCUCUGAGAUGGUCAUUACCUUUGACAAAGUGUAUGUGAACAUUGGCAAUGACUUUGAUCCCAAGACCGGUUUGUUUCGAUGUCGUAUUCCUGGAGCCUACUACUUCUCAUUCACAGUUGGGAAAUACCCAAAGAAAAACUUGUCUGUCAUGCUGAUGAGAAACAAGAAUGAGGUGCAAGUGAUUGUGUAUGAUGAACAUCACCGCAAGGAACGGAAGGUAGCCAGCCAGAGUGCCAUGCUGCAGCUUGACUAUGGUGACACUGUCUGGCUGCGUUUACAUGGAGAUCCCAAGUAUGCUCUUUACAGCAAUGUAGGCCCCUAUACAACUUUCAAUGGCUAUCUAAUCUAUCCAGACACUUCUGCCUUUUUCCAGAACGCUCUCAGCUCUCAAGAACUGGGCCCUCACCGUCACAGUGUUCAGAAACUUCCAGGAGAGCAGAAUGUAGCUUCACAGCGACAUAUGUUAUCCGAUCAGCCUAAGCAGGAACAAGACCCUCGCUCUGCAUUUUCUGUUGCCCGCUCACAAAGUCUCCUGGGCACAGAUGGCAAGCAAACCCAGCAUGAGCCAAUCACAUUUGACACAGAGUUUGUGAAUAUUGGGAAAGAUUUCAAUUCCUCCACUGGCAUCUUCUCAUGCCGUAUACCUGGUGCAUACUAUUUCUCCUUCACCAUUGGCAAAAUGCCCUUUAAGACUAUGUCAGUGAAACUUAUGAAGAACCACAAUGAGGUGCAGGCCAUGAUCUAUGAUGACAACCACUCCAAAAGGCGGGAGAUGCAGAGCCAGAGCAUCAUGCUGCCUCUGCAGUAUGGGGACACUGUCUGGCUCUACAGCCAUCAGCAUGAUGGCUACGGUGCCUACAGCAACCAUGGCAAGUACAUCACCUUCACAGGCUUCCUGAUCUAUUCGGAGCCUCAGCCAAAGCGGUUCCCAGGUGCCAGCUCACUCCAAGGGUCAGAAAAUUAAAUGUGGGUGUGAAAGGAGCAUAAGAAAAGCCAGGGCCACGAACUUGGGUAUAGCUCCUCUUUGGAUGUAGUCCUCUACUUUGAGCAUGCUAUCAUGUGUACAGUGCUUUCUUUAUGCUGCACGCUUGUGCUCUGACUGCAGGGCCAUUGCUGUGUCUGUCAUUCAUCCAUAGAAAAGUCUGUACAGGAAUGUAUGUGUGUGUCCUGUGUUGGUGUUUGACUUAAGCAUAAAGCAUGAGGUAGUUUUGGGGUGGGGUGGGGCAAUGUACUGAAAUGUUGAGGAUCAGUGAAACACUGUAGUCAUGUUACUGCAGAUCUCUAGCAUCCAGAAAGCAAAGGAUGUGGUGACUUUCCUUGCAUAUGUGGGAAGGAAAUAAAUGUAAUAAAAAAUACAAAAGGUGUAAAAUUUU